UAUCUAUGCAUUCGUUUCCCGAAAGUAGAACUAAUCCUCCCAUUGCGUAUUGGUACUUAUCGGGUAUAGAAUAGAUCUGCUUCUCUUUGUUCUUACGAACAGAAUUGUUCCAUUAUUUUCAAUGGAACGGAAUAAAAAUUAACCCUUUCUCAUACGGAAUCUACUGAAAAGGUUAGAUACAUAGUAUAGUCUUUUCCAAUGCGAUAAAAUAAAGUGACAUAGUGUCUAUUUUUCUUUGAUAAAGGGGUAUUUCCAUGGGUUUGCCUUGGUAUCGUGUUCAUACUGUCGUAUUGAAUGAUCCCGGUCGAUUGCUUUCUGUCCAUAUAAUGCAUACAGCCCUAGUUGCUGGUUGGGCCGGUUCGAUGGCUUUAUACGAAUUAGCGGUUUUUGAUCCCUCUGACCCCGCUCUUGAUCCAAUGUGGAGACAAGGUAUGUUCGUUAUACCCUUCAUGACUCGUUUAGGAAUAACCAAUUCGUGGGGUGGUUGGAGUAUUUCAGGAGGAACUGUAACGAAUCCCGGUAUUUGGAGUUAUGAAGGUGUGGCAGGGGCACAUAUUGUGUUUUCUGGCUUGUGCUUCUUGGCAGCUAUCUGGCAUUGGGUGUAUUGGGACCUAGAAAUAUUCUGUGAUGAACGUACGGGCAAACCAUCUUUGGAUUUGCCUAAGAUCUUUGGAAUUCAUUUAUUUCUCUCAGGGUUGGCUUGCUUUGGCUUUGGCGCAUUUCAUGUAACAGGUUUGUAUGGUCCUGGAAUAUGGGUGUCCGAUCCUUAUGGACUAACUGGAAAAGUACAACCCGUAAGUCCAGCGUGGGGCGCAGAAGGCUUUGAUCCUUUUGUUCCCGGAGGAAUAGCCUCUCAUCAUAUUGCAGCGGGUACAUUGGGCAUAUUAGCAGGCUUAUUCCAUCUUAGUGUCCGUCCGCCUCAACGUCUAUACAAAGGAUUACGUAUGGGCAAUAUUGAAACUGUACUUUCCAGUAGUAUCGCUGCUGUUUUUUUUGCAGCUUUCGUUGUUGCUGGAACUAUGUGGUAUGGUUCAGCAACUACCCCAAUCGAAUUAUUUGGUCCCACUCGUUAUCAGUGGGAUCAGGGAUACUUUCAGCAAGAAAUAUAUCGAAGAGUUAGCGCCGGACUAGCCCAAAAUCUGAGUUUAUCGGAAGCUUGGUCUAAAAUUCCCGAAAAAUUAGCUUUUUAUGAUUACAUUGGUAAUAAUCCAGCAAAAGGGGGAUUAUUCAGAGCAGGGUCAAUGGACAACGGGGAUGGAAUAGCUGUUGGGUGGUUAGGACACCCCGUCUUUAGAGAUAAAGAAGGGCGCGAGCUUUUUGUACGUCGUAUGCCUACCUUUUUUGAAACAUUUCCGGUAGUUUUGGUAGAUGGAGACGGAAUUGUUAGAGCCGAUGUUCCUUUUAGAAGGGCAGAAUCAAAGUAUAGUGUUGAACAAGUAGGUGUAACUGUUGAGUUCUAUGGUGGCGAACUCAAUGGAGUCAGUUAUAGUGAUCCUGCGACUGUAAAAAAAUAUGCUAGACGUGCCCAAUUAGGUGAAAUUUUUGAAUUAGAUCGGGCUACUUUGAAAUCUGAUGGCGUUUUUCGUAGCAGUCCAAGGGGUUGGUUCACUUUUGGCCAUGCUACGUUUGCUUUGCUCUUCUUUUUCGGACACAUUUGGCAUGGCGCUAGAACCUUGUUCAGAGAUGUUUUUGCUGGCAUUGAUCCAGAUUUGGAUGCUCAAGUGGAAUUUGGAGCAUUCCAAAAACUUGGGGAUCCAACUACAAAGAGACAAGUAGUCUGAUACAACAUUGCUCUGGUAUCUUUCGCCUCUUUUUUUGAUUUGACAUAGGGUUAGGGUACUGAAGAAAUCUUGACUUGAAUCACCAUCUUUUCUUUGACUCUUUCCUUUUCUUUAUAUGGUAAAUGAUGCCAAAUGAAUAGGUGU